GAGGGGUCACGUGCGCGGGAGGGGGCGCGGCGCGGAGAGAGGCCGCGGUUGCCGGGGAGACACGGACGCUCUAUCAGCGAUGAGGCGGAGCAGUAACGCUUAGCAAUGGGUGACAUUUUAGCAUAUGAGGCUGAGUUACUUGGACUGGUGAGAGAGUAUUUGGAUUUCGCAGAAUUUGAAGAAACAGUGAAGGUAUUUAAAAAGGAAUGUAAAAUAAAAGGGAAGCCACUCCCUAAACCAGCAGAUGUUUCCUUGAAAGAUCCAUUGCCUGUUCAGGAAGAUCUGCUUGCAGCAUUUGAAAAUGGUGAGCAGAAAGUUUUCUUCCAGCUCUGGGAGGAGCACGUUUUGUCUUCAGUGCGAGACAAUGACCCUGUUGCUCAGAAGCUGGAGUUCUAUCUUCACAUACACUUUGCCACCUUCCUCUUGAAACAAACUAUGGGAAAGCCUGACAAAGCUAAACUUGAGGAAAGGAUUUCUCAUUUUAAGGCAUACCUGGAAACAAAAGGAGCUGCACUGAGCCAGACUACAGAGUUUCUUCCCUUCUAUGCUUUGCCUUUUGUUCCAAACCCCAUGGUACACCCUUCUUUUAAAGAACUUUUCCAGGAUUCUUGGACGUUGGAUUUGAGGACGAGGUUGGAAAAGUUCCUGUCUCUGACUCUCAAAGCCAGACAGACUCCUCGGCUUCUCACUUUAUUUAAAGAGAAUGGACAAUGCAACAAAGAAAUGUUGCAACAUCUUCAUCAACAGUUAGUGGAGUCUGAGCACAGGACCAUGACCUACCUGAAACGAUUUAACAAAAUGCAGGUAGACUACCACAAUCUCAUUGGAGUCACUGCAGAGCUGGUGGAUUCUUUGGAGGCCACAGUCAAUGGGAAGAUGAUCACGCCAGAGUAUCUUCAAAGUGUUUGUGUUCGCUUGUUCAGCAAUCAGAUGAGACAAAGUGUAGCACACAGUAUUGACUUCACAAGGCCUGGAACUGGAUAUUACUCUAUGAGCCCUUGUGAUGACGGAUAUGCUUCCACAAUGUUAAGAGCAUCUUUAGCCCCUGUGAAGAUGCAGGAUGUGCCAUUGUUGCCCUCUUUGGAUUAUGAGAAGCUGAAGAAAGAUUUGAUUACAGGGAAUGAUCGUCUCAAGGCCUUCUUACUGCAGGCUCUGCGCUGGCGCUUGACAACAUCAUAUCCUGGAGAACAGAGAGACACUGUCCUGCAAGCCUACAUCAGUAAUGAUCUCCUGGAUUGUCACAGCAACUGUCAGAGAAGUGUCCUCAAAUUAUUAAAUUCCAAGAGUGAGGUAGUCAGACAGUAUAUGGCAAGGCUCAUCAAUGCUUUUGCUUCACUGGCAGAAGGUCGUGUCUACCUUUCUCAGAACCCAACGUUGCUGCGAAUGCUGGAGGAGAGACUGAAAGCUGAAGACAAGGAUUCCCUUACAUGGGAGAAUGUUCUGGGGGCUCUGCAGAAAUUCAGCCUCAGGCGUGCACUACAGUCUGCAAUGAUCAAAGAUGGGCUCAUUUUCUGGCUGGUUGAUGUUCUAACAGAUACAGAUUGCCUGUCUGAUUACACCCUGGAAUAUUCUGUUGCCUUGCUCAUGAAUCUUUGUCUACGAAGUGCAGGGAAGAAAAUGUGUGCAAGGAUUGCAAGCCACGUGCUCAAAGUUCUCUCUGAUCUUCUUGGCCAUGAGAAUCAUGAGAUCCAACCAUAUGUGAAUGGAGCACUCUACAGCAUUCUUGCCAUCCCUUCUGUCCGAGAAAAAGCCAGAGCAAUGGGAAUGGAAGAAAUUCUGCGCUGUGUUAUCAAGGAAGGAAACGCAGAGAUGAUCCGACAGAUUGAAUUUAUUAUCAAGCAGCUCAAUUCAGAAGAGCCAUUAAAUGAUGGUAUUGUGUCUGAUGAUGAAGAGGAAGAGGAGGACGAGGAAGAGGACCAUGACAUCAUGGAGGCUGAUCUGGACAAAGAUGAGGUUUUGCAGCCUCAGCUGGGAGAGCUUGCAGGGGAGAAACUGCUAACAACCGAGUACUUGGGAAUAAUGACUCAUACUCCAAAAACUAAGAAGAAGCUAUUUUCUGGUGCCCAUCAGAGUAUAGAUGAGCCUCUCCAGAGACCUGUGACACCAGGUUAUCACAGAACUGCCUACCUAAUGCCAGAAAACGAUACCAGUUCUUGUCACGAUGGGGAUGAGAAGCUGCAGUCUCCUCCAAGUGGUCAUUCUCCCAUUUGUGGUGGGAGCCAGUCCAGCAUUUCUGACCUCUGCAUUUCCCCUUCAUCAGUUGAAAUGAAGUCAUCUGAAGUAUUCUCACCAGGCCAAAGAAUGGACCGAAGCAUCCCAGCUGAUGACAAUAUCUUGUCUUCCCAAGACUUCACUGAGGACAACAUCAAUGGGCAAUUGUAUAGCGAGUUUCCCUCAGCCUUCACCAGCAAACCUAAGAUCCCUCGCACCCCGGAAGGGCAGAGUACCAGCCCUAGAAAGGGAAAGGUCCCAGCCAUUGCCCCCCAGUUCUCUCAGUCUGGACCCCAACAAACAAGCCGUCCCAGCUCCUCAGGAUCAUCCACAAGGAGCAGACAGAGCAGCCAGUCCUACAGGAAGUGAGAACAGUUCCUUUCCUCGAGAAUCACCUGUCACAUUGUUGAAGGACAGAGCCAGCUUCCUGUAAUGAGCUUUACUGGUGACCUACGGAGCAGAGUGAUGUCGUUGACACCACAUGGCAUUCGCCUCGCACGGUGAUUCCGGGAUUAUCUGAUGGGAUGCGUCUGUUGUGGUCUCUAAAGCUGGCUAAGACAAGGGCCUUGUUAUUACAAUUCAAGGUCUCAGCAGCAGCCCAGGGCUGAUAUGGGACAUGGAUAUAGUCCCCGUUCCUCUGAUAGUUUACUCUAAAGUGACAUUGCCACCUUGAGAAGAAACUCUUGCUCUCUGCCUUCUGUGUCAGAGUAAAUGGCCCUUGGAGACAGUAUGUAGGGAGACAGCAGAGGAGUCUGACCAAACAACUGUCUUUUUAACAUAUUGUUUGCUGAACCAGCCUGUCACUUGCUGUUUUUUAAAUUAUGCCUUUGUGAAUGGGUUGGGAGAUAUCUGUGUUCAAAGGAUCUGCAUUAGGAGGGACAGUGUACAGAGCCUUUACUGCCUGUAGCAGUGGUGUGGGGUGAGAUCUGUUUGGCCUCCAGAGACUGGAGUAGUCUCUGAAGUAGUACAUCAGCUUCUGGUUGACCUGUAGCAGAUGAAAAACACUGUGACAGUGUCCAAGGCAGCAUCCAUGUUCAUCUCUGAGGAUCUGAUCAGCAGCUUUAACUGCAGCAAUUACUCCUAUUCCUUCGUUCUACAUUUUUUCUUAAUUCUACUGUAACACAUUUGUGGAAUGAAUAAUCCAGAAUAAUCCAUUUUUUCCACUGGAACGAAGAGCUUUGCUUCUUCACAGAAGAAACCAUGAGAAUGUGAACAGAUCAGAAGCAACUUUCUCUUUACAUGUGACUGUGGUCAAUCUUCUUUGGUCUUUGUUGGGGGUUUUUUAUGUUCUUUACUUCAGAGCAAUGUCUGGUUUUCUCUUCAUGGAAUUUGUGCUGGUCUUUGGUGAAUAUGAAGUGCUGGCUAGGCAAGAGAGAUCAGGAAGCCCUCCACCAAAUAAAAACCACAGCAGUUAGUUCUGCCAGUGGAUUA